UUUUGAAUAAAAUACGACCUGCGUUUUGCAGAAUUCUCCCAAAUUAUUCUUCAAAUGCAAAACAGCAAUAUUAAUUUGUUUGUUGACCUAAAGGAAGACAUCGUUUAAAUUAAACAAAUAUGUGUGACUUCAUCAUUCAUAUAUAUAUUUUUUGUUGUGUUUUGAGACAUUGGUUAUUUUUAAUCCUGUAAAAAAACUAUAACUUGAUUAUUCAGCAAUAAAAAAAUGACGAGGCAUGGCAGAAACUGCACAGCUAGUGCUGUAUAUAGCUACCAUGAAAAACAAAAGGAUUCAAAAAGGUCGGGAUGGGGAUCUAAAAAAGCUCGCUUCAAUAAAGAUUCAAUAAAAGAUUUCGAUUGUUGUAGUCUCACUCUACAACCAUGCAAAGAUCCAGUGGUGACAAAAGAGGGACAUUUGUAUGAUCGUGAAGCCAUCCUUGAAUAUAUCUUGCAUCAGAAACAACUGAACAAUAAGAAGAUGAAAGCUUAUGAAAAGCAGGUACAAGAGGAUAAAAAGAAACUUUCAGAUGUUGACCAAACAACUGAACAAGAGAAAGUUGACAAAUUUCUUCACCUGGAGAAGAGCAUUGCAACAAAAAGGGAGAACCCAUUUUCAGCUGUUGAUUAUGAAGCUGGACCAUCCAAGAAGAAGAAGAAUGAGGAAAAUGAGUCCAUUGAAAAUACAAGUGAAAAAGAGAAAAAGAAACUUCCAAGUUUCUGGAUACCAACUCUAACUCCACAUGCAACCGAAAGUCGUGUGGAAAAACCUGACAUGAAAGUUUACUGCCCGAUGAGUAAAAAGCCGUUAAAAAUGAAAGACCUGAUUAAUGUUAAAUUCACCUUGGCACCUGAUGACAAUGAGACGAAAUCGUUGGUAGCCAGGAAAGAAAGGUACAUCUGUGCUGUUACUCGUGACAUUUUAAGUAACGCGUUUCCGUCUGCCGUUCUUCGUCCAACGGGUGAUGUCAUUACCAUGGCCUAUGUCGACAAAUUUAUCAAAAAAGACUGGAUAUGCCCCUUAACUGGUAAAAAACUAAAAGAAUCUGAUAUAAUUGAGUUAAAGCGUGGUGGAACUGGUUAUUCUGCGGCUGGUGACAAUUUGGAAGGAAAGGUAUACGGUCCAACAAUGAUGUGUAGUUAAUAUGCACAUACGUGUCUUAUUACUGAAGAAGAUUCGUGAGAGAGACAGAAUCAAACGGAGCCUUCUCGACUGUAUAUUUCGUUAUGUGUACAAAUAUCACGCUUGUGUGGAUUUCACGCUUGUGUGGAUUUCACGCUUGUGUGGAUUUUUUAAACCGGACUGUACGGAGAAUAUUUAAAUACCAAGAAGAACAAGAAGUGGGAUUCAGCUUUCAA